AUGAAAUCAAUUCCAGCCAAUGCCCGAUGGGCACAGAAUGGAGUGGUCGUUGCUGGAGGCUAUGGAAAUGGCUAUUCCUCCUAUCAAUUCUGCUUUCCACACGGUUUCUACAUUGAUGAUGAUCAAACAAUGGUUAUUGCUGACAAUGGCAAUCAUCGUAUCGUUCAAUGGAAGGUGGGUGAUCAGCAUGGAAAAGUUGUGGCUGGUGACCUUGGUGCAGGAUAUCGAUUGGAUCAAUUAAAUCAACCAACCGAUGUGAUGAUUGACAAAGCGACUGAUAGUCUCCUUAUCUGUGAUGGAGGCAAUCGACGACUCCUACGAUGGCCUCGUCGCAAUGACACAAGUCAAGGAGAAAUCCUUUUCGACAAGGUCCGCUGUUAUGGAUUGGCCAUGGACGAUCGCAGAUAUCUUUAUAUUUCUGACAGCCAAAACCAUGAAGUCAGACGGUAUCAAUUGGGAGACAUGAAUGGAACUAUCGUAGCCGGUGGUAAUGGCAAAGGUACUGGUCUCGACCAACUCAAUCUUCCAACGUACAUCUUUGUCGAUCAACAACAAGCUGUCUACGUGUCGGAACGUCACAAUCAUCGUGUGACAAAAUGGAAUAAAGGUGCAACAGCAGGAAUUGUCGUUGCCGGAGGCCAAGGUCAAGGAUCGGCUCUAACACAACUGUCACAACCUGAAGGGCUGGUCGUCGAUGCGUUGGGUACUAUCUAUGUGGUGGAUUCAUUUAAUUAUCGAGUGAUGCGCUGGUGCAAAGGGACGAAACAGGGUACUGUUGUUGUUGGUGGAAACGGCCGAGGAACAGGAACAAAUCAGCUCAACGGUCCUGUGGGUUUGUCCUUCGAUCGGCAUGGAAAUCUCUAUGUCGCCGAUUGUGGAAAUGACCGAGUUGUACGCUUUUCUAUCGAGUAG